AUGGUGACACAAUUACAUCAGUACCGUGGCAUAGAACGACUAGAAGUGUUUGCGCGGACCGGUCCUGCUGUCAACACAGUGUGGAACGUCGACCCCUGGCUAGAAGAUAGCCAGCCACAUGCGCUUUUAUUCCACGAGCCUGGACCGUUGUACUCGCCAUACCAACGCCUAAUAUAUCCAGGAUUUUCCUUGGUCUUGCAUCAGCAGCUGGCUCUUUGCGAUUCGGUGAGUGUUACAUACGUCUAUCUGUUAGACGAGAAAUACGAAUACGAGGCCGCUAUGGCCUACGAUGAACCUGGUCACAUCCUUUGCUGCUCUGCGGCGGCAGCACUUCAGACAGGAUUAUCAGCUGCGAAUAGAAAGGAAAAUGAUGGUUGA